CGAAACAAGUAUUCCACAUUUCCACGAUUUCCGUGUGCACGUUCGCGAAACUCGAAAGAAGGAAACGAGAGCACGUGCGAUCGGAAAGUACAAUUUGGAGCAGGACCGACUGAUGCGGCUUCACAUGAUCUCGAUCACGAAAGCGUUCGCGAGGGGAGCGAACUACGGCGGUGUACGCGACGGCGAUAAGUGGUCCGGGACAAACAGGCUACCUACGUCAGCCGCGGCCCGGACCGAAUGGAAACGCAAAACGAUGUCGCGCGAUAACCGCGUAUCUACGCGUGUCAGUCAGCCGUGACUUCUCCACGCUCGUGUCGACCUUUCGUGACCUCGUGACUAUCGCUCGUCAUCUUGUGCCUCGUCGACUCGACGAGCAGGUGGGAUACGCGACGAAACGAUUCAUAACCAACAGCUCGGUCAGCGAUUAGAUCUCGCCUUCGCAAGAACGCUUCUCGAUAGACCUGAUGAUCGACGGGCGAUCGUCAGCAGAAACAACUCUGAAUUUCUCGUAGGUACGAGCGAAUUCGGUGGAAAAGAAAGUACGUUUGACAGUCCAGUCUUCUCGGAUCUCUUCAUAAACGCAAGGAUUCGACAAGAGGAGUUCGACGAUUUCAGGCCGUUAUCGCCGCGCGGAAAAGCGAAAAGGGUCGUUGGAUGAGAAGUGACCCCACACUGGCAUGUGAAGUACAUCUCACGUUUUCGAUUGUAGUCACGUUUAAAUCACGUUUCGUCGGCCGAUAAGCCUGGAAACUUUUCUUGCACGAGCAUGCCCCGAUAUGCAGGGUCACCCCAUUGACCUCGACAGUGGCGAAACAAAGAUAAACGGGGACUAUCCGAUUUUGAAGUCCUUCUUGGCGGGCUCGUUCUCUGGAACAUUCUCUACGAUCCUCUUCCAGCCGCUGGACUUGGUGAAGACCAGGCUUCAAAGCAGAGUCAAUGCUCCUGUUGGAGCGCCAAAAAAUGGAAUGCUGGGUACAGUGGCGCACAUCGUUCAGAAGGAGAAUAUCUUUGGACUUUGGAAGGGCAUGACACCGUCGAUAACUAGAGUGAUUCCUGGCGUGGGUUUGUACUUUUCGUCACUACAUUGGCUGAAACACGCUUUCAAUCUGGAGGAACCUCUGACGGCUUUGCAGGCCAUUUCUUUGGGUAUCACCGCACGGUCCAUGUCCGGUGCACUGCUGAUUCCUAUCACCGUCGUGAAAACGCGGUUCGAGAGCGGCGUUUACAAAUACAGCAGUAUCAGCGAGGCUCUUACGUUGAUCUAUAAGCAAGAAGGAGUGAGGGGUUUAUCGAGUGGCCUGGUACCCACUCUUCUGCGGGAUGCGCCUUACAGCGGUUUAUACCUUAUGUUUUAUACCCAAUUGAAAAACGCCGCUGCCAGUACAGGAGGAAUGAACAAUUCGUCAGCACCAGUUCACUUCGGCUGCGGAAUCCUGGCUGGAAUUUUGGCGUCCAUAGUGACGCAGCCACCAGAUGUUGUCAAGACGAAGAUGCAGUUAUAUCCGAACGAAUUCAAUGGUAUCUAUCAGGCGACAUUGUUCGUUUAUAAAAAGUACGGCAUCUUGGGAUAUUUCAAGGGUAUUGUUCCUAGAAUGCUGAGGCGGACUUUGAUGACUACUAUGGCAUGGACUGUGUACGAACAGGUCACGAGGCAAAUGGGUUUGAAGUGAACGCUGUUGUUGGACAAGCUGUUUUACAUGGGAAGAUGUACAGUAUUAUAGCAUAGACUGUUUAUGUAUUAUAAAACUCGCACUUAUAUUUAAUAAAUUAUAUAUAUUUUUAUAUAUA